AAGAGUGGGGUGACUUGCGCGUCAGUUGUUAAAAAAUGGAGCGUUGGGCUGGACGCGUUGCCGUAGUAACGGGAUCUAGUGCUGGAAUUGGGAUGGCAAUUGCCGAAGAACUCGUCAAGAAAGGGUUGAAAGUGGCCGGCUUAGCCCGAAGAAUUGACAGAAUUCAGGAAGCGUCUGCCAAGCUGCAGAACAUGCCAGGAGAACUGCACCCGGUGCACUGCGACGUCACCAAGGAGCAGGACAUCCUGACCGCCUUCUCAUGGAUCAAGGAACACCUUGGAGGCGUCGACAUCAUGAUUAAUAAUGCGGGGAUCGUGCACCAAUCAUUUCUCAUAGACGGGGAGACAUCAGAUUGGCUCCAAAUGCUGGAUGUUAACGUGCUGGGGCUCAGCAUCUGCACUCGGGAGGCGAUCCGGUCCAUGAAGGAACAUGGAAUCACAGAUGGACAUGUCGUACACCUCAACAGUAUUGCAGGCCACGGUUUGCCUCAGAGUUCCAGAAUGUUACAUAUGUACGCCGCAUCAAAGAAUGCCGUUACAGCUCUGACUGAAGGCCUCCGUCGCGAACUUGUAAAAGACAGUUCUAGGAUACGUGUUACGAGCAUCAGCCCAGGUCUGGUACGCACAGAAAUUUUCGAAGUUGGACACAUGCAAAAUAUCACCUCUGAAGAACUGUUUUCUGAGAAUGCCUACCUCGAGCCCAGGGACAUUGUAGAUGCAGUGAUAUAUGUCUUAGGAACCCCCGAACAUGUUCAGGUCCAUGAGUUGACUAUUCUACCAACUGGGCAGAAAUACUAAACAAGAUGGAAAUAUAGGCCUAAUUACAAAAUUAUAAGAACAUUGACCCCGAUACUUGUGGCCAAUAUUUGUGAAAAUUCAUUAGAUAAGAGAGUGGAAUAUAUAAAUUAGUGAGUAGAAGUGAGAGAAAUGGAUGUUAUUCGCAAAUGGAAGAACGUCUGUCUCCCAGAAUGCAUCUGCUCAAGCACAGUAUUCCGCAGACUCCAAACAAGCGACUGACGAGGAAUAUUAACAUUCUUAUUUAAUUUUAGGAUUUGAGGUUCUCAUAGCAAUGUUAUGAAGGAUUUUGCCUUCUGCGAUAUAAUGCCGUGUACUCCGUUGAGAGUCAAGCGACUUUCGGGAUGAAUAUAUCACUCUGCUUGCCACCUGCCUUCACGCUGGUUUCUUGUUCGGCUUAUUCUUCGACCGUGUAGAUGGAGGCAGCAUUUUCCUCCGAAAUUUCAAUUGACUUUCAAUGGAAUAUACAGCAUUACAUCCAACAAGGCGGAAUUCUUCUUAAUUAAUUACUUGGAAUUGAAUUUUAAGUGGGCUUUGUACAAAAAGCCGAAAUCUGUGGACAUUUAUUGUUUAGUUUUUUAGCUACCCUGUAUCAUAUGCGUAGGUCAUAGGAACUUGAGUUGUAGGAUGGUCGUGAAUGAUGAUUUGUGAUGAUCUAGAAGUGGGCGUGGCUCAUUUCCUAGUGACGUAUUAAUUUCCUCGAGAGUAUGAGGAAAAACACAAAACCCUCAGGACAGUCGGCCUCAGGGCCAUAAAUCGAACCCAGGACCUUCAAAAUAACUCAACUACAACAUUCCGCUAGUUGACUGGGAAAGUACAUUCUGCAUGCUAUCUAGUUGCUUGCGGCAGAGAUUUCUAUUUCAGACACGAUUGUCAUUAUUGUAUUUCAGUGGUUAAGAAGUAAUAUUUCCAGCCAAAGGACAAAAUUGCUGAAUCAUCUAACAUCUUCGACUCUGGUAGAUAAUAUCUUCGUUAAUAAUGGAUAUCAGAAUAAGGUAAACUACUACAUUGGUUUGAAAGAGGUUUGUUUUGAGCCAACCGUAUAAGCUGUAUUUUGUGUGUCCCGCAUACAGACAAUGUGCAUUUAAUGACGGUGUUGUCAACGAAGCUAUGACUUAAAAAUGUAGAAGGGAAUGUGCCAACUCCGCCCACUUUACUUAAUGUUUUAUGCGAGUAUUCACUUAUGGGCUUAUCUCCUUGGGAAAGCCUGUAUUUCCUCCGUCUUUCUGCCUGUUGAAAAUUCCCACGUACAGUCCCAGCGAACACAGAUUGAUUUACUCGUAUCUACUAACAAACUCCGUGAUACCGACCGAGCAGCCGCCGCUUGUCAGCGAAGUUAGUGCCAACUUUAGCGGAUAG